UGGGAAAUAUGUUAAUAUUCCAGCAGUGUCGUUUGUAGCACGUAGAGAUCUUCAGUGAAAUAGCAUGUCAGACAAUUUCAGUGGGACUUAGCUAGUUAAAUAUAUUUGUUUCUACAUAAUAUUUUAUGUAUAACAUAAGAAGACACAUCUGUUAACUUGGAUGACAGUCUUGGUGUCUCAUCCAUUAUGUCCUCGGAUGACCUAAUUGCACAGAGGAAGAAAGUCGAACGCCAAAUUUUGGUGCUCGAGCGCACCCUUGGUCCCGAAAGCAACUCCAUUGAACUAUCUUCAGACAGUUGUUCAUCUGAUGACGGAUCAGACGAUAAUGCAUCUCAACCAGAAGAUUUGGGUCCUCCGGGGAACCUGGAGGCAGAGCGGGAGCAAAUACAGAGAGAGAUUGAAGAGUUGGAGUGCACUCUUGGCCCAAAUGCAUCUAAUGCUGAGAUGAUGUCAGAUGAGGAUGUCCAAGGAAGUGAAACAGAAUCGAGCAAAGAGGACAGUGCUGAGGAGCUGGAUCUACCCCAGAACACAGAUACAUGUCUGCAAAUGAACCUUGUUUACCAGGAAGUGUUGAAAGAGAAAUUAGAGGAGCUGGAGCAACUGUUAUCAGCCAAUCAACACCAACAAAAAGAGAUUAUGACUCAGCUCUCUGGCACAGGAACUCCCCAGGCUACCACUUCUGGACAACCCACACUGAAGCUUUUCUUGGGGAGCUUUCUGAAGCCCUAUUUCAGAGAUAAAGUCACAUUUCUGGGCCCACCUGCUAAUCCAGAAGCCAGAGAGAAGAUGAGUAAAAGGAUCGGACCUACUGACGACGUCAAGAUGAAAAGAUGGGAAGGGUGGCAGAAGACUCUGCUGAUAAAUGCUGUCAUGAAAGACAGCAUGAAACGCAUGAUACAGCCCAAGCUGUCCAAGGUGGAAUACCUUACACAGAAAAUGGUCAACGCUGAAAAUGUGGAAAAGCAAAUCCUGCGGAAACAAGUCACUGAAAUCGAAAAGGACAUUGAAGCCAUCAGUGCACUGAAGGAGGAUGAGCUGAUGGGUGGCCGCUAUGAUGACCAUGAUUGGCAAAAGAUUUCCAAUAUUGAUUUUGAAGGCAUCCGUGAAGCUGAACACAUAAAAAGCUUUUGGCAGAACUACCUGCAUCCCUCCAUUAACAAAUCCAGUUGGAAGGAAAACGAAAUUGAGAUGCUCAAGAAAGUCGCUGUAAAACAUGGGCACCGCAACUGGGAUCAGAUUGCUGAUAAACUUGGGACCAACAGGACAGCCUUCAUGUGUCUCCAGACGUACCAGCGCUACAUCUGCACCGACUUCAGGAGGAGGAGGUGGGGCGGCGUGGAGGACGAGAUCCUUCGAGAGCUGGUGGAGAAGAUGCGUAUCGGGAACUACAUCCCGUACACCCAGAUCUCCUAUUUCAUGGAGGGCCGGGAUUCAUGCCAGCUGAUGUAUCGGUGGACUCAGGUUCUGGACCCCACCCUCAAAAAAGGCUAUUGGUCUAAAGAAGAAGAUGAGAUGCUACUGAGAGCAGUGGCUAAACACGGGGUGGGGAACUGGUGGAAGAUCCGUCAGGAUGUGCCUGGCAGAAAUGAUGGCCAGUGUAGGGACAGGUACGUGGACGUCCUGGUUGGGAACGUGAAGAAGGGUCCCUUUGACGAGAAGGAAAAGGCACAGCUCAGACGAUUGGUGGAGAAAUAUGGACGUAAAUGGUCUAAGAUAGCUGCCGAGAUUCCCAACAGAAUUGACUGUCAGGUCCUUCAACAGUGGAGGAGAAUGACUGGGUACAAGCCCAGACAGAGGGACAGAAGGAACAGAGCAUUGCAGCGAAGGAGAAAGGUCGCGGCUGUGAGGAGCAUCAAGAGUAAGCUGAGGCUAGACGAUGAUGUGCACUCAAGCUCCGAUGAGGAGGAGAACUUCGAGAUUGAGUUUAUGGACAGUGACGACGAGAAGAAACAGAAGUUCAUUGAACCGCACUGGUCUGAUCAGGAAAGUGACAUUAUCAAAGACUACACCCAACCAGACAUGGAGCAAUGGAUCCCCGUGCUAGAGAAGGAGUUUGAAGGGCUGGGGAAGGUGAGGAGCAUGAUGGUUGAACGGCCCAGCAAGAACACAACGCAAGAGCAGGCAACGACGGACAGCCAGGAUGCAGCACGCAAGGUCAUAGUGGUACGUUCCACCAUCCUGGACUGCUUUGGCAAGCCUGCUGCCACUGUCAUCGGACAAAACCCCCCAAUCCUAGCAAAGAAGGAUUACAACAGUGACCUGGCCAUGCUGAAGGUGUGCUACGGAGAGGUGAGAAACCUGAUCGCUUGGAAGAAAGCCAAUGCCAGAAAACACAAAAACAGUGGGUCUAUGAGCGGUGACCAGGGGACAGCCCACAAGUCCUCAAGACAAAAGGAGUCCUCUGCCAACAGUGAAACCUGCAUCACUCUCAACUAUUCCCUUCAGUUGGCAGUCACUCCCUGGGUGGGCAAUGUGCUUAUGCCCCCACCACCCUCUUCAAACAAGCGCCGUGAAGCGGACAUGGUGCGAGAGAGAGCAGAGAGCAUUGGACUCACCAAUAGCCCAGUGUUCUUGUUCUUUCUGCAGGUCCUCCGUUUAGAUGCAGAAGGCUGUAAGCAGAUCAUUAAAAUGCGUAACAACCAAGCUGUACUCACGGGAAACAAAUCUUGGGAAGCGAAACAGGCUUCAUUGAAAAACCCAAAGCAACGCCAUGGUCCCAGAACAGUGGCCAGUAUGCUAAACCAGAAGGGAAAAGAGCAGCAGAACAGUAAGCAGCAGAACAGUCAACUUGUGAUGAUGAUCCCUCAGACCUUUGUCAUUGCACCGCCUGUAGUACAGUCCAUCCCACAUCCUGCGGUCCCCUCCACUCCAACUUCCAGACAACAACUCAUGCUUUCCGCACUUACCCAACUCAGACCCUCUUCCCCCACCCAACUCAGACCCUCUACCCCCAGCCGACCUAGACCCUCCACACCUGGUCAACCUGUACUCUCUACGCCCAGCCUACUCAUACCCUCCACACCCGGUCAACCUGUACUCUCUACCCCCAGCCUACCCAUACCCUCCACACCCGGUCAACCUGUACUCUCUACCCCCAGCCUACCCAUACCCUUCACACCCGGUCAACCUGUACUCUCUACCCCCAGCCUACCCAUACCCUCCACACCCGGUCAACCUGUACUCUCUACCCCCAGCCUACCCAUACCCUCCACACCCGGUCAACCUGUACUCUCUACCCCCAGCCUACCCAUACCCUCCACACCCGGUCAACUUAUACCAUCGACCCCCAACCGACCUAUACUCCCUGCUCCCCUUUCCAUCCAAUCCUCAACUACAAUAGACCGGGUGAAUGAGGAGGCUAAUGAGAAUCAUUCAGGAAAAAAACGCAAUCGUAAACCUACCGAGAAAGCACAGGCCCUCAAGGAUGCUGCGAUUGCUAAAAAGUCCAUGGAAGAGUCGCCCAAACGCAAGAAAGCCCGUACCAAAGAGAGCCUAGUUGUCCAGCCUAACGUGGUUCUGUCCCCUCCACAAACUGCCUGGGUCCUGACGCCCAUUGGACUUGUGCCAAUCAGUGGCAUUGGCAUCCAGAUGACACCUCAGAAUCUACCACGAAAUGCUCUUGCACCUGCUUGUCCAUCUCCUAUUAUUAUCAACCAGCAAGUCCCUCUAACACUAAAUGCUGCUGCAACACAAGCCUCUCCCAAUAUGACCUAUAUCUGCCCAUCUCCCUCUACCCCUAAAGACCCAUCUGCCCUCAUGGUAUCUCCUGCUUCAUCCGUAGCACAGGGAACUGCCUCCCCAUCUGUGUUAACCUCUCUCUCCACCUCCAUUACCAUCACAAACAACACUGCUCUAAGAAUGACCAACCCAGUGAAACGCAUGAGAAUAACUAACCCAGUCAUGCAGACUGUGGCAACCACUUGUCCUCAGCUCAAUGCAGUUUCACCUGUUCCCAUGAACACGGUCAUCUCGGCUCCCAUCAGACCACAGACUGGCCGUCCACAGGCUUCAGUCCUCAACGUCCCUCCAGGCUCCCUUCCAGCCUCAUUUCCACAGGGGGGAGCCCUCCGAAUUGUGCAGCUUAACCACCCUAAAAGUGGCCCUCCACCCCGCAAUCCUGAGCUAAUGCAGUUUGAUCCCAACCUGAUGUUCAUGGAGGACCCGGCACAAGUGAGAGAGUGGUUGAGCGGCAAGCGAGGAGUUUCUCUUCCGGAUUUGGACGUCACUCUGCCCUACCUACCCCCCUUUGUCAGCAGUCUUAAUACCCUAUCGGGCCUCCUGAAAUGUAAAAAGACGUUGGCAGUUCGUGCAAUGCAGCUCCUGCCCCCAGAGGAGAAAGAGAACCAGGAAGAGCAGAAGCAGGUAGCUGCAGUGCGGAGCUUUGUGGCAGAGCGCUUCAGCCAUAACCCAGGCUACCUGCUCCUGAAGGCUCGCUUCUUGUCCUGUUUCACCAUGCCUGCUCUUUUGGCUACUAUCAAUCCGGUGAAACUCUCCAAGUCCCCCACCCCGGACCACGGUGAUGUGGAGGAGGAACCUUUCAGGAACCAUCCAGUGGAGCAGACAACAACACUCCAGGCUCCUCUGCUAAGCACUGACGGAAAAGGACCUCCUGCCACCUUCUUCUCUGGAAUCACCACAAGAAAUAAAAGUCGCUACCUCAACACGGACAAAGCAAAUGGAGUCGUUUUGGAAUGACGUGUGGUUUUACGGGUUAACCAGGUUUUGUUUGAAAGUUCUUGCCAAUUUUGUUGUGACGUCACUGUCAUAGAAAUCAAUGUUACUGGAAUUGAUAGAAGAUAGCAGUGGAUAGAUGUGUUCUAUUUCCCUCAAUACAGAAUAGUUCAGACGAAUUUUAAGCUGUUGAAUUUGCACUGAACUAGUGGUCACCAACCUGUUCUGAAUCAAGAUCACUUUGAGUCAAAAUGCAAGCUGAUCUACCGCUCAUAUUUUUGAAAUAAACAUGACUUAAAAAAUGUAAGCCUAUGUAACAUUAACCAGUUCUGUAGCCAUGAAGUUAGUGCAGUAGGCUAUAGGCCCCAAUACAUUAUCACUGCAUAUUUGUUCAGUUCGAAUUGCCCUGGCAAUGUCCUUCUCAGAUAGACCAGUUUGAAAAUAAAUAUAUCACACACAACAUUUGGUAUAUCAUCACACUGGUAAUAGAUAAUUUGUUGUAUUACUUGUGAGGCACAGCUGAGUGAGCAUAAUAAUUUGCCUUUAUUUUUUUACUGGACUGAUGGCCUGCAUCUGAUGGUCAAUCUGAGGAGAAGGAGCAGCUCUGAGGCUUCCUCUCACCCGACUCGCCAUCCCUCCGCUCUCCCGCCCUCUGCUGAGAAAAGGGGACACAGUCUUCCAGCUGAUGGCAAAAGUCAAGUUGCACUGCAUUAUUUCUGCCUCGUGCACAAAUGAAUGUUGUUACUCCUAUAACCAGAGAAAGUGAAAUAUUCCUCGAUAUUAAAGACAAGCGGCUAAUAAUAAGCUUAUCGGAAUGCUUUUCUAUACUCAUUCAUUGCAGCGUGAUUGGAAGUAUUCUAUGCAUUCUAUGAUGGCUUAUAAAAGUGUUGACAGGGCUGAAUAACUUAAACAUGAACUUAUAAAAACAGCAGCUUUUUGCUGUAUUCGUUGAGUCUCGAGUCAUGUUUUUUUAAUUCUGACAGUAUCAACUUUGCUGUGAGUUCAAGGCUUCUUUUUACAGUCUAAGGCACAAGGACACUGCAGACAUGGUGAUCUGAGCUAUCUGAUUGGUUAGUGGCAGGCCUAUAGGUUCACUUGAUUUGCUCUACCUUCGGACACAUGAAAUUGAUAAAUGGGAACACAGUCUUCCCUGUGCUAGGGCCGCUGAAUCAAGUGCACCUACUGCCAACAGUGCGGGGGAAAAAAAAAUAGCGUGGCUUAUUUUUUUUUUUUACAGAAAUGGUUGGUGAUCGACGGGUUGGUGACCACUGCACUAAACUAAUGGUUCAUAUUUGUACUUGUUUUUGUUCAUAAUUGAAUUUUUCUUAUACAUAUUGUGAAAAGAGAAAGUUAUGUUGACUUGUACAUAUUUUGUAAUAAAUCAUUCUACUUGUUUAAAAA